GCUUUGCGCUGGAGCAGCGAGCUGCCCACGGUGAAUCCACUGAUAUCUGAUAGGCUGUCCUGAAAAAAUGCCGUUUUCGGUAUUGGGCAGACGCCCACAGGAGACGGGGCGGGAUUUUGGGGGAGAGGAGGCGGGGCCUCUGGCCUUAGGGCGCGAGCAGUUGAAAGACGGUUGGUGUCGGUUCCGAUAAGUUCCGAUUCGGCCGUCCCAACACUUCUCCAUGGCAGACCCCGAGGAGGCGCGGGUUUCUUCGCAGCCCCCGCCACCUUCCUUCUCUCCCUCGUCUUCUGAAGCCUCUUCCACAUCUUCCCCCGGCAUCCCAGUGAGUUUGGACUGGCCAGUUCCGAGCAGGAGCCCAACGGUGGACCGGCUGGAGGAAGUGGAGCUGCAGAUCGGAGACGUGAGUGGCGGGGACAGGUGCCCCGACCGCGUCCCCAGCCCGCGCUUGUUGGCAGACAGACCGCGGCGGGGUCCGGGAGCGAGGGGCUGGGAAUCCUAACGCGCAGAAGGACGGAAUCCGCCUUUAGAUUUAGCUUGGGGGAAUUAGGGGGUGCCCCCACCAUCCCCAUCCCUCCGUCUUUCUGCCUCGCCUUCUGGUUCCCAUCAUCCCUGUAACCCGAAACCACGCGCUCUGCUGCCAGG